AUGCUUUGUCAGAUCUUCACGGUCAAGUCGGAGACCCACUUCGGGCAGACCACCAAGAUCAUUGGCAGCGACCCAACGCCACCCUGGCAAAGGAUGGGCGGCUGGUGCGUCGAUAAGGCCAUGCCGCUUACAACAGACGCUUCAACAUACCCACUGUGGGUGGGUGAAGCGGAGCUGGACAUCACGGAGGGACAAUCGCUCGAGUACAAGUUUGUGAAGGUUCAGCCCGACGGCAAUGUGGUGUGGGAGCCAGGGAACAACCGUCUCCUGCGCUUCGACAAUGGCGAGAUGUUCAGCGCCGUGGGGCCGGUGGG